AGAGAGAGAGCGAGAGAGAGAGAGAGAGAGAGUGAGAGAGAGAGGGCGACAGCGCUGGAGUGGACCAUCAGCUGUGCGUCUCAGCCAGAUGAACCACAGUCCCGGCUCUGCGCUGGGCAGCCAGAGCUUGGGCGCAUGAAUUUGCUGCUUACACUGCUUAUACUCUCUUACUUCUCCUCAUAUUUUUGUUUAACUUUUAUUUUUAAAGACAUUCACGUGUUUGACAUAAUUCACCAUGGUGCUGGGCAAAGUGCGGGCCCUGGCAAUCUACUUUGACUGUUUGAAUGAGAACAAUCUGCCCGUGUUCUCCGGGGGAGAGCUGGUGUCAGGGCGCGUGGUCGUGGAGGUGACCGGGGAUGUGCGGGUGAGGAGUCUGGACAUCACCGCGAGAGGAGUCGCUAAGGUCCGGUGGACAGAGUCGAGAAACGCCGGAGCCAACACGGCUUACACUCAGAAUUACAACGAGGAGGUGGAAUAUUUACACCAUUACGACACUUUGAUAGGAGAGGAGAGAGAUGAAGAUUGUCCAGAGGAAGGUCUGACUGUUCUGCAUGCUGGCCUACACGAGUUUGCUUUCAGCUUCAACCUGCCUCAGAUGGCAUUGGCCACGUCCUUCGAGGGGAAGCAUGGCAGUGUGAGGUACUGGGUUAGAGCUGAGCUGCACCGUCCAUGGCUGCUCCCUGUCAAAGUGAAGAAAGAGUUCAUUGUGUUUGAACACAUCGACAUCAACACACCUCUGCUGUUGGCCCCUCAGGCUGGAACAAAGGAAAAGACUCUGUGCUGCUGGUUCUGUGCUUCAGGCCCGAUCUCCCUGAGUGCUAAGAUUGCACGAAAGGGCUACACACCAGGCGAGUCUAUUCAAAUUUUUGCCGAGGUGGAGAACUGUUCGUCCAGGGUCGUGGUGCCAAAGGCUACCUUGUACCAGACGCAAACUUUCUUUGCCAAAGGCAAGGGCAAACAGAUCCAGCAGCCGGUGUCCAACCUGCGAGGUGACGCCCUGCCACAGGGCAAAAGCCAGAGCUGGGAGGGAAAGCAGCUGAAAAUACCACCAGUGUCCCCCUCCAUCCUAGACUGUCCCAUCAUCAGAGUGGAGUAUGUCCUGGUGGUGUAUGUGGACAUCCCUGGGGGAUUGAACCUGUCUCUCUCUCUCCCGCUGGUGAUCGGGACGAUCCCACUCCACGCCAGCACCACCCGCACCUCAAGCAUCAGCAGCAACUGCAGCACUUUGACGUGGCUCGGCCUGUCCGAGCCUCCCGAGGCUCCGCCAAGCUACAGCGAUCUGGCAAUAUCAGAGUCGCACAGGCAGGAUUGUCUGCAGGGCUGUGAUAGACCUGAGGGGGAGGGAGAGGACCACAGAGCUCUGCUUACGUAUAUCAGAGAGUUCCGAUAUCUGCCCCCGCCAGUCUACUCUGAGGUCGACCCGUACUCAAACCCCGUGGAAGCGUGUGGGGCCACAGAUGUCAGGAGACCCGACACGUGUCCGUCCCGCUGAGGGGAGCUCUCAAACCCCGAAGGCUUCCGCACAAACCAGACACAUAACUCUGGGCUCGCAGGACCACACGGCCAGCUUCUCGCCAGAUUAUAUAUCACUAUAGCUGAGGCUCGACCCUCCCUGAUGCAAGACUGUCAGCUCAAAGAGUAUCAGGUGACCACCGAUGGACGGACCACGGGUAACAAGCCAUGCUGGAUCCUCUAUAUUCUGACGUCACUGUGUGGACUCAGAGGACGGACGCUUCCUCCUGCCUCACUAUGAAUUUUGCACAUAACCAUAACAAGUCUUUUUCUCUCAGUGGCUCUAUUUCCUGCAGAUUCCUCCAGGCCUUUAUGCUUCAGUAGAAUCUGUCCACACGUGUAAACAAAGGUUUACUCUCCUGUGUAAAAUGAUAGUUUGACCUGACGUCAGGUGGAAACUGUCUCUUUUUUGUGAACAUAGCUAAACACAUUAAAAGGGAAGUGGGGAAAGAGGUAGUAACAAGAAGAUAAAGCCGUUUCUGAUCAUUCUGUUCAGAAAACCGUCUCAGAAUGUCCAGCCUUGAGCUCUUAAAGGGAUAGUUCAGGUUGUUUAAAGUGUAGUUUCAUGAUGUUCUGACACAUCCAGCCAGAGAUCUGAUUUAACCACUUCAGUUUAUUGUGUCCUCACUUCAGAAAACCUGAACUAUCACUAUGUGAUGUAUGUAUGUGUGAGUGUGUGUGUGUGUGUGUGUGUGUGUGUACUUGUAUUGGUUAUCUCUUUAGGACCUUUUCUGUCACAAACACUGACCUUGUCAGGACCAGUAGUCCUCAUGGAGACCAAAACCUGGUCCUAAUGAGUCAGAACCUCCUUUCUGAGGAACUGGUUAAGUUUAGGGCUAAUAUUUGAAUUGUAGUUAGGUCAAGGUUUAGACAUUAACCGGUUAUGGUUAAUAACACUUAGUGUAUGCCGUCCUAAAGAAUGGAAGUCAAUGUGGUGUGUGUGUGUGUGUGUGUGUGUGUGUGUGUGUGUGUGUGUGUGUCCAGGUGAAAAUACACACAGGCCCCAAAGAAAAAGCACAAGUCCAUGAACAUACCACAUGUUGCCUGUUGGUGUCUGCGCUGACGUGAAGCUUCUCUCGAUGAACACUUCCCCACACGUGGACGUUAAAGAAGCUUUGUGCUCACAAAACCAAUGACAAAAGUAUACAAGACAAAAUGUUUACAGAUGAAUAUCGAAUUGAGAAUGUUGUUCAAACUCCAUUUCUUCCACCUAAAGUACCAAGUGCAAUAUAUUUUUGUAUUUUGUGAUUCUAUUUUGCACUAGAUUUUCAUAUAUUCUGUUGCUGUUUAUUCCAUUUCUGUGCAUUAUAUAUUAUUGUCAUGAUCAUAUUGCUGUCAUGAUCAACUUUUUAUAAAAAAUAAAAGGUAUAUU